CCCCCCUCGCCAUGGCAUCCCGCUGGCACCGGAAGCAGCCGAGGGAGCCCGAGUCAGACCGAGGGUGAACUGGAGUGGGGAACCAACUUGCAGCGCGCCGAAGAAACUCCCUCUGUUCCCCCAGACCCACCGAAUGGUUUGGCGGACGGUAGCCAGGGACACCGCGGCGCUGGGAGCUUUGCGACAAGGAGACACACCGUACGUGGAGAUAGAGACAGAGAUGGCCGUAGUGCAGCAAAGUAACGCGUUUCACCUCCUCGCCGCGUCGCUAUCCUAGGCUACCUGCGAUCCACGACCGCAAACUUUUUUAUCCGCGUCGCGCUGCUCCGCCGCCGUCUACCGCGGAAAGUGUGUUCCUCCCCUCCUGCCUCCGCGUCCGUAUACGCUUUGCAACCACCUCCAGGGAGUUACACAUGUUUUAAUCGUCUUUAGUUUCUCAGGAACAUCCGAGGUAGCCCGUGAGACCGGCGGAGGAGGCACCAGUGCUUGGCGGACCUACCUCCACGCAGGCGCUCCCCGGUGGAUCCCCUUCCAGUCAGUCUCCCGUCGUUUGUUGAGCAGCUGUCCGGUGUCUCAUCACCACCAUGGAACUAUCCGUACUACACGCACACCGCAGAGAAACACGGCGGCAGAGGACGGCUCACUCCCCGGCGACCCGCAGGACAAUGCCGGCCAUGGGCGCGCUGUACGCGGUGGGCAUCGUCUUGUUCCAAGCUCUGUCCACGGCCACCGCCGCGAUCCAGUUCACCAAGGAGCCCAAGUCCCAGGAUGCAUUGCACGGCCGCAGUGCCAUGCUCCGCUGCGAGGUCAGCGACCCGGCCGACGUCACCUACCACUGGCUGCACGACGGCCAGCCCCUGCAGAGCAGCGAGCGGCGCUUCCAGGAGACCAGCAACCUCAAGUUCACCGCCGUGGACCGCCUGCUGGACGCCGGCAACUUCGAGUGCGUGGUGGAGAACGCGGCCUCGGGCGAGUCGCUCCACUCCACCAACGCCUCCUUCAACAUCAAGUGGCUGGAGAGCGGCGGGGUGACCCUGAAGGAGCCGGCGUCGGAGGCGGACAUCGAGAGCUCCGCGGUCACGCUGCGCUGCCACAUCGACGGACACCCGCGGCCGACGUGCCAGUGGUUCCGUGACGCGUGCGUCCUGGCGGAGAAGAGCCACCAGAUCAACAACAAGGAGCGGACGCUCACGCUUCCCAGCGCCAGCCCCGACCACAACGGCCUCUACUACUGCUGCGCCAAGAACGCCGCCGGCCACGUCUGCAGCAGCACCAACUUCACGCUCACCAUCAUAGGUGUGUGUGUGUGUGUGUGUGUGUCUGUGCGUGAACAACCCAUGCCUUUGGAACAUUUUUCUUGAAGGGAGCGAGUGCAGCAUUGCAAGACGUUAUGCUAAGUCUAUCAGUGUGUGUGUAUCCGCAACUGUGCGUGUGUGUCUACCUGCACGUGUGUGUUUGCUGGAGCAGCAUAACGAGGCGUCCUAUGGGUGUCCUGUGUAAACCCCGCUCAGCUGGUUGUCUUCACUCCUCAGUGAAUCUUUCCACGCUUGAAUAUUUCCCACACCUG